CAACGUCUCUGGUGGAACUCGUCCUGUACUAUUUGAACACUGUUGAAAACGUAACCUCGCUGCGCGUGACUCGCGCAUGUUGUUCCGCCGUGUCGUUUCGUUUCCCGCAAAGCAACGUCACGUCGGAGAGCCGAAACAAGGUGAAAGUAAAACAGUAAACACGCAAUCAGUAUUGAACUUCUUUUGUAUUGAACUCCAACGGAAAUUACCGUGGCUUAACGGAAGUUCAGCACAUUUAAGUUGCCGUCAAUUUUUCAAUUUUACGACUGUGAUAUAUACUGUAUAUAUGUGCAUAUAUCAAUCGCUAUCAUGUCAAGCACAAAGGAAGUAACAGAGUUACAAGUGUUCAAGACAGUCCUUUACCACAGCAUGGUGAUACUUGCGCUACCUAUAAUAACAUUUUUUACAAGCAAAGUCUUUCUCUUUGAUGGUAUAUUAGGUCUCAACAAUGUGUCAAGUAAUGUAUACUCGGCUGGCAUUGCAGUAAUAAUAUUACACAUUGCCUUAGGAGUCUUUAUAUAUAGAGCAUACUUUGAUGAUCAAUCAAAAACAUCAGCAAUUAAGAGAGAUUAGUUCUUUAUUAUUAAGUACACCUUGGUGACCAUACACUUUCCACAUAAUCACAGUCAAUACAUAAUGUUUCAAAUAAUGUUAAGUAAUAUUGUAAAGAGAUGUGUUAUUUCAACAUUUAUUAAUAUAUUCUCCUUUAUUUUUGCUCUAGCCAGUAAUUAAUUGAAAAAACAAAUUGGAAUUUGUCAAAAUUAAUGAACAGCAUUAUCUGUACGUACUUAAAAAUGAAUUCUUAUAAAACA